AUGCCAGCACUGAUGGAGAAGUUGUUUGAGUUAGUGAGAAAGAACCCACCGCUGUACGAUGCCAGUGACUCAAGACACAAGGAUGCUGUGCUUAUAGCUAAUAUAUGGGACAAAAUUGCGGAUUCGAUGGGUGUCGAUGGUACGGACGGGCAAGCCUGGAGGAAAAAAUGGCGUAACCAAAGGGAUCAGUUUGUUAGAGGGAAACGGGAGAUGAAAACCAAAAGUGGACAAGCAGCAAAGACAGCAGUGAAGUGGAAAUACAUGGAUGUGUUGUCAUUUCUUGUUCCAUAUGUCAUGGAAGCACCUACUGAGAGCAACUACACAUAUGACUCUGACCAUGAGAAGUCUGCAUCUGUUAUGGGAGAUCAAGCAUGUCAACAGUCUGAUGUUGAAACCAAUGUGAGCAUGAGUGCGGCCUGGUACACUUGCUGGCCCCGUCCAGUUGCCGUUGCCUCCCCGGUCACCGUAGCGGACCGCUCCCGCUUCUGUCUGACCGUCGUUAACCCGUACCGUGCCGGUGCCCACUCAGUUCGUAUUGGUUGA